AUGGAGGGGGUUUCGUCUGAGAGCAAAAGAAAGGAAAAGAAGGGAGCAAAAGAAACGAAAAGCUGGAAAAUUGAAAAAGGCUUCGGCAGUAGAAAAAUCAGAGGGGAAAGAAGAAAAAGAGACGAGGGUGGCGGCUGGAAUCUGGGGAAGAUUGCGAAAAAGAACACAGAAAAAGGAAAGGAAAAGCCGAAAAAACAGAGGGAAGACGUCGGCAGGAGGAACGAAGGGAAGACUAAGAGCUUUGUGAAGUUGGAAAAAGCAAAAACUUUCGAGAGGGGAGGCUUCGGCCGAAAGAACAGAGUAGACAAAAAACAGAGGAAAAGGCCGCGGCUGCAAACGGAAACAGGGGAAGAAAGCUUCGGCAAAGUGAAGGUUGAAUUCGGAAAGUUGGAACCGUCGUCACAGGAAGCCGCCACCACCUCACCGUCAAUCGUCCACCGCCAUCAGCAGAUCUUCACCAAGGAAAUGCGGUAA